AUGGAAAAAUAUUUAUUUGAUUGGAUUAAAAAUUCAGAGAGUGAUAAUAAAUCUAAUAAAUUAUUGGAUUCAAUUUUAAUUUUAUCACUCAAUGGUUUAUUAAUAUCAUGUGAACCACUUAUAGAACUCCAUAAUAAAUUUAUAAAUAAUAAUAAUAAAAAUAAUAAUAAUAUUGAAAAUUCAUUUUAUGGAUUAAAUUCAAAACAAUUAAUAUUACUAGGUGAUCAAUUAAAAUUAUUAAAAAAAAAAAAUAGUAAUGAAAAAAUUAUUGAAAAAAUAAAAAAUAAUUGUGGUUAUAAUGCAAAUAAAUUUAAUAUUAUAAUUGAAAAUAAUUUAAUAUAUAAUUUAAAUAAUAAUAAUAAUUUAAAUGAUAAAAUUAAUAAUUGUAAUAAUAAUAAUAAUAAAAAUAAUAAUAAUAAUAAUGAAAUUGAUUUAUUUUUUAAAAUUUGGAGAAAUAAAAUAAUUAAAAAAGAAAUAUUAUUUCAAAAUAGAUUAUUUAAUAUUCAUUCUUGUCAAAUUAAAAUGACAAUAAAUCAACUUUUAAAUUAUAAAUAUAAAGAAUAUUUAAAAUCAAUUUUAAUUACAACUAAUACUACAACCAAUAUGAAUAAUGAUGAUGGUGAUGGUGAUGAAAUAUUGGAACAAAAAGAUGAAAUUAUAUCAAGAGGAAUGAUACCAAAUAAUAUUGAAACACUUGAAUUUGAUUAUAAUUUAAAUCCAAUAAUACAAGAGAAUAGUUUACCAAAUUCAAUUGAAACAUUAAUAUUUAAUAAGGGUUUUAAUAGGGAAUUAAUGAAUUUACCAAAUCAAUUAAAAACACUUGAAAUUGGUCAAUCAUUUACUCAUACCAUUAAACCCGGUCAAUUACCACCAACUUUGACAAAUUUAAAUAUUUCAAAAACUUUCAAUGGAAUAAUUAUACCAGAUGGAGCAAUACCAAAAUCAGUUACAAGUGGUAAUGUUUUUCACAAAUUUGAUUCAUUUGGUAAUAAAUAUAGAAUCAAUACAGAUAUUAGAGUACCUAAGAAUUGUACAUCCUUAAAGUUUGAUAGAUUCUUUAAUCAGUUUUUAAAAGUUGGUGAUAUUCCAUCCAAUGUUCAAUCAAUAAAAUUUGGUUAUCACUUUAAUAAUUGUUUAAAAGAGAAUGUUUUACCAACAUCAUUACGUACUUUAAAAUUUGGAUCAUGUUAUAAUGUUGCAUUUGAUGAAUAUAAUAAAACAUUACCCGAGGGUUUAGUUAAUCUCGAAUUCUCAUCUUACUGGAACCAAGAUUUAAAAGAUUGUCAAAUUCCAUCAACACUUGAAUCAAUUUCAUUUGGUUCAACAUUUGAUAGAGAAAUUCAAGGUUUAAGUAAAAGUAAUUUAAAAUCUUUAAAAUUUCAUCAACUUGGAUUUUUUGAUAAACCAAUUUCAAUCGAUCAAUUACCAUUUAAAUCAUUAACUUCUUUAAGUUUGGGUGGGUCUUUUAAUCACCCAAUUAAGGGUUGGUUAAAUAAAUUAGUAAAUUUAAUUCAUUUAGAUUUAGGUACUGCUUUUGCUCAACCAAUUGAAAAUAAUGAUUUACCAAUGUCCGUAACAUCAUUACGUUGUUUAUUCCAACGUCAAAAAAUUUUAAAUAAUUCAAUUUUACCUCCUUUAAAAAAAAUGAUAUUCCCUUUUGGAAAUAAUGGAAAUAAUAAUAAUAACUAUAAUUAUUUAGAUUUAUCAAAAUUACAAUUACAAUCACAAUCAAUACCAUUAUUACCGAAUACCUUAGAGAUUUUAGAUAUUGCUAAUUGUAGAGUAUCUUUCUCAUAUGAAAAUUUACCACCAACUUUAAAAAUAAUUUAUUAUUCAAAUUCUGAUAUUGAUUAUUUAAAUUCAAUUGAUGAUAAUUUAUUUACAACUUAUUUUAAAUUAUAUAAUAAUUAA